CACUCUCCUCAGCAGAGCCAUGAAGGUGGGCGGUGACUGAUUCUGUCUGACUGCACGGCUUUAAAACAACAACUCAACAAUAAGGGCUUGUUCUUUAUUUCCAAUUCUCCUCCUCCGGCUACCAAACUGGUUUCAAACUGUUAUUUCCCUUUCACCUUGUUUAGAAGAGAAAGUAAAAGCAGGUAAAGAGGAGGUGAUAAAACUACGAAACAAGGAGGGCAGGUAGGGAUUUUCUACCUGAGCGGCGCAGUUGGAGUUUAUUUUUCAUGUGUGGAUGAGAUGUCACACAUGAUGGAUAAAUCUGCUGAAAAUUCAGACGAGGACAGAGUGUCCCUCAAGAGCAAUGUGAAGACCCCCAGCGAGGGGGCCGUGAAGGAGACGAUGGGUAUGCUGCAGACAUUCAGGAAGAGCAUCCGGCGAGCGGCUGAGAAGAGCCCGAUGUUGUCUGGAGGCAAGGGGUCAAAGUCCACGCCAAGAUCAGACGCGGCUGAUAAUGAGUCAUCGUCCCCACCGCCUCCAUCCCCCAGUCUGAGCGCCGGCUCUCCUAUGACCUCUCCUAUGACCUCUCCUAUGACCUCUCCUAUGACCUCUCCUAUACAAAGCAUCGGAGGCUUAUUUCAGAAAAAAGACGAGGAGGAGGUCGACACCGAACAGAAAAGCAAAGGUCUGACACGCUCCAAAACAGAUCCCAACGGAGUCAGGUUGGGUGGCUCUCUCAUGAAAAAAGGAGCUUCGCUACGUAGAAGUCUGAAAUUCAACACCAAGAAGGACAAAGAUAAAACCAACAGAAAGGAGCAGCUCGACCAUGUCUCUGAAUUCUCGGGGGAGGAGAAGAAGGAGGAAAAAGAGGAGGAGGAGGAAUGUGGGGAGAUGGAUGAGACCUACACACUGCCAGAACUGCCCCACACACCACUGUCAGUGAUGCAGAUCAAUAAUCUGAUCGAGAUGGAGGUGCUGGAGGAGGCUCACCUGAACCUGCUCGCUCUGCGGCGGGAGUUCCAGCAGGAGCAGGAACGCUGUGGCGAGGACUCCCCCAUGGAGCUGGCCAAGAAGGAGAAGGACCUGAACCUUCUCUACGGACACUUGAGGAACAAGGUGAACACCAUCGCGCGUGACUCCAACUCCUUUCCCUCCAGAAACAAGGGGCUGCUGGUUCCCGUGGCCCGCAUCAUCCAGGAGGAGGAGCAGAGAGCGGACCAACCGGGCGGGCUAACUGACAGCUGGAUGGAAGCCUGGAGGGAGGCGGUGUGCGAGGGCGUGCAGCUGAAGGUGGAGGGCGUUCACCUGGAGCAGAGGGAGAAGAACGUCUCCUGGUUGGCGGUUCACCUGGGUCUGCUGGGGAAGGCCAUCGUGGAGGACUUGGAGAUCGUGAGGAAACAGCUGCGGUGGUCGUACCCGCCCAGCUUCAAGGUGUUCAGCACCUACGUGAAGAGUUACCACCGAGUCGUUGGGCAGCACUUGAAGAAGCUGGAGCCACAGGUCACGGAGCUGAAGGAUCUGUACGCUCUGCUGGACUGGAUCAUCAACCGCUACAAAAGCGAGAGGAUCAUGGGAAGUCCCUCUCUGCAGCCAGACCUAAAGGAUGCGAGCGCUGAUCUGCAGCUGGAGGACGACUUCCUGAAGCAGCUGAAGGAGAAGUACUGCUGCAGAGUGAAGGAGGACCUGAGGUCAGCACUGGACAAUAUCAUUAAACUUGAGAACAAGGAGGUUUGGAGCGAACAAAAAGCUCCAGAAAGGGAGGAUAACGUCCUGAUUUCUGACAUUGACAUGGACAUCCAGACGAUAGUGAAAGGAAACAUGAAGAGCUCUGGACAGAUCGAUGCUCAGCUGGAACAGAGAGUGAUCUCCUCCUGCCUCGAAGAGUUAAAACAGUUUCCUAAAAGAUUCGAGACAGAGUUCAGACGGCACUGCGGCGCUCUCAGACCACAGACUCUUUGGACCGAGUAUCAUAUAACAUACAUCAACAGCUUCACAGCUCUACAGGAACACAUGGAGGGGCACCAGGCCGCCUGUCCGCAGGAGGUGGAAGGAUUCAGAAAAGAAGUGAAGUGGCUGAUUGUGAGGCUCACACAGGACCUGGAGGACCAGUUCAAAGAGGAUGUCAAGCACUGUCUGAGGAAAAUGAUGACCAGGAAGUGGCUCACCAAUGAUGACGACUUUAAGCAGCUUUAUGAACAGACGGAGCAGCUCUCUCAUCACUGCACUCUCAUGAGGCCUCCACACGCUCAGGAGUUCGCGAGUCGAUUGCACUACCACGUGGUGAGGGAAUACGCCGGCUGCCUGAUGAAGAACAAUUACUCGUGCAAGAACCGCAAACACGAGAAGGCAGCGACGAAGAUCCGAGAGCAGUGGAGGAAACUUAGAGAUCUUUUUGCGGAAAUGGAGUCGACUCACGAAUGGCUCCACCAUGUUGGAGAGGACCUGAGUGACAUCAUCAUACAGAAAAACAAGACAGACAUUAAGAACCACCUGCAGCCUUUAGUGGAACACUACCCAGACUUCAGUAAGAAGCACCUGGUGGCUGUCCUGUACUUCAGAGGCCUAACGAGAGGCCGAGAACACCAGCGGAUCCUUCAGAGAUUCUCACAGCUGAAGAAAUCAGGCAGCGGCGCCUGUGACAAGAGCCGACUUUUAUUCAGUGACAUGGAGUUCACCGUCAACACCAACUGCUUCUCCAAUCUGCCCUUCUCCUGCCUCAGCGCCUUUUUUCCCGACAACUAGUGCAACGAGUCGAGAGGAUGAACUUUUAAAGCUCAAAACUGUACUAGCUACAGACUGUCUCAGGUGGUUUGACACCUUUUGACACAAACUGAGGUUCUUGCAGCUUCACUUAAAUCAUCUGCACCUUUAGUACUCAAGCUGCAAAGAUUAAUCGAUUAAUCGCUUAGCUUAUAAAAAAACAGCUAAAUGUUCAUUAUUUUGAUAAGCGAUUAGUCAUUUCAGUUUCUUUUAAUAUAAAAUGUUACAAGUUACAUCUUUUGUAGUGAGGGAUCUGCUGCUUUACAUGAUAGUAAAAAAAAAAUAUAUUUUAAACUUUACUAAAGAAGCAGUUUGAAGAUUUCCUUUACGGUUCUGAAAAAUGAAUUAUACGAUAUUCAAAGACAGAAUUAUUUUUUUUUUAGUGUCACUAAAAAAAAGUCUGUAAAUAUUUAAAUAAUUUAAAAAAUCAAAAUAAUGGCAGCUCUUUUUAACACACAAUCAGUGUACCUUUGUGUGUUGUCCCUGAUAAAAAUAAAAAUAACUGCUUAUUUCUUUUAAGUUUAUUUAUGAGACAGUGGAUAGAGUCAGAGACAGGGAUGACGAUGUGGAGCCCAUGUGGAAGUGCAAAAACUGCAGUUCCCUGACCCUACACUUAAAUCUGGCUGCAAAAAAAAUGCUUAAUUGAUCAAUUAAAGUAUUAGUAUAAGGAGUAUUGUGACAAAGCGGUACAUAUUAUUAAUUUUCUGAUCCUGAUCUGUACAUAUUUGGGUAAUGAUUUCUGAUGACAAAUUUCAUCUUGCUUUCUUUUACAAGUCAAACGUGUGGGAGCCAUAUUUAGGGUCUACAAAGUGUGACACACAGUUUGCUCGAGCAGGUGUCACCUUCAGGUUCAGGUCAUGCACUUUAUAGGUAGUUAACUUUCACUCGGGUGUGAAGUGAUGCCAAACGAUGAGCUCAAACUACUUUUUGCAACUACACAGUGCUACGACACGCAAGGUAACGCAGAGUUUUAUAGGAGUGAAAGUUUGUAUGAAAAUUUACAGACAAUGUUGGAAUCUAUUGAAGCGAUUAUUGGAUGAGAGAUAAAUCCUCAACUAAAGAAAGAAGACAUUGGACUUUCUUAUAUUACAAGCUACUCAUGAGCGAAGCCAAGGCGAGCGCGUCAAUGAAUAAAUUAGUGUGUCUAUGUAGCCCCUCAGUGGCUUUAAAUUUAGGCUUAACCACCAAUCGAAUCAUUCACAGUAAAUCUCGCCUCGUCUGACACCUACCUGGUGGCAGCAAUGACAGUUGUUUUUUACAACUCUACAGAAAUAUUCAAGCUUGUUCCUGGUGGUGUUGUUCCCUUCUGCAGGUCAUAAAGAAACAUCAUCAGUCAUUUCAGUCUGUUUCAUAAUCAGUCAAAACUUCCUUCAAAAAGCAGUAAAAGCAAAAUGUUGUCACCACUCACAGAGCACACUAAACAUGACUUAUGAAGAGUUUCACAUAUGAAACUGCUUCCCGUACAGUGAGGACUGAUUUCUGGGAAAAGAAAAAUGUUUUCACAAUCUAAUCUGGAUUACAUUCAAAGUUUGGGGGGGGGGGGGGGGUAAUAACAGGAUUGUGAAACUUGUUGAAGCUUUCAGCAGAUGUAACAAAUUAAAAGCUGGAUGUCGAGCCACAGCGUUGACUGUGAGGAGGUUUUUCUCAACGGUUUGAGUUUUGAACAUCAGAUCAUCUCAUUUAAACUGAAUAACCCUGAAACUCUUCGUGCUUAAGACAUGAAUGUGUCAUGUGCUGUUUGUCUAUUAAGGAACUGAACCGUGCAGAUUGCAAAAUGUAUCGUGUGUAAGCCUUCCAAACUGCCAACACACUGAAAUAUGAGUUUAUGUUGUGAAAUGUGUGUGUGCUUCUGUUGUCUUUCUAUUAAAUAUUUAAUUCCAUGUGACGUUGUCUGAUCACAAAAGCAGAAAACUUUGCUAAACCUCAAGUUGUAUGAGAUUUUCUUUGCACAUUUGAGUGUAUUCAUGUAAGAGUUUAGUAUCUCAGGUCGGUUUAAACAUGAAUCCUCCUUUCUGUAUUAGACUGUUAAUGUGUUAAAUAAACUAAAGGGGAUGCAGAAAGAAUAAUGUUUUAGCUAUUUAAUCUUUAUUUAAUAAAACUUCUGAAGUGAA